AUGGAAGAGACUGAAAUGGCUACUACAUUAGGGGAGAUAGCAGAGAAGACUUUGGAUAUAGUGAAAGAGAGAGAAGAGGAGACUAUGGAAGAAGAAGAAAAGGUAGAGGUGAAUGCAGCAGAAGGUGGAGGGUCAGAAGAAGAGGGCGCAAGUGAAGAUGAUGGUGCUGAGUUCUACAGUAAUGCUGAAUUAAUUGGCUUCUGUUCUGCAGAUUCUGAGAGCCUGAAGACACUGAAGAAUUUAGCUGUAAGACGUGGAGGAUCUCUCACUAUUCCAUGUUUUUAUGAUGAGAAAUACAAAUCAGACCGUAAAUACUGGUGUAAAGUGAGGGACUGGAUCAACUGUAAAAUAGUAGCCUAUACAAACACAAGUGGAAGAACAUCAGUUACUGAUCAUCCAACCCAGAAUAUGUUUACUGUGGAACUGAAGAGCCUCCAAGACUCUGACUCUGGAUAUUAUUGGUGUGUUGUGGAAAUUACUGGUGGAUCAGAUGACUGUGAUUAUGUGUACCUGAUUGUCAGUUCAGAUCCUGCUGUGUCGGUGAUGAACAGCAGCGUGAAUGGUCAGGAAGGGGGAAGCGUCAUUGUCCAGUGUUUCUACAGUGCUGAAUAUAAGAAAGAAAAAAGGAAUUGGUGCAGAUUUAAAGAUAAGUGUUUCUUAGGGGGGAGGACUAACACAUCCCAGAAUUCAGCAGUGCUGGUCACUGACUAUGGAAAAGGAUCUGUCAGUGUGGAGAUGAGGGGUCUGCAGAAGAGUGAUGCUGGCUGGUACUGGUUCAGUGCAGGAGAUGUGGGGGUUACUGUUCACCUCACUGUCACUGAAAGACCUUCAAAGGAAACUACAUGUUCUGGCACUGAGAAACCCAAAGAGUCACAGCAGUUCUGUCUUUCACACAACUGAAUGAUUCCACAAACGCUGAGAUCCUGGAGGUGUCGAUAAUUAAGAAGCUACAACACUGCAGCUUUUGCAUCUGAGCUUCUGUUGUGGGCAACAGGUUCAUCAGCAAUGUCAGUUUAGAACGUAUUUCUUCAUCUUCUUGCUUCAUGAGCUCCUGUUUUGACUGCUGUUUCUGCUUUUAUUGGUCUCUGUGAACAAACUCCAACCCAGACUACAUACUAAAAGCCAGUAGAGUCUCACUUAAACCCAGCAAUCAGUUCACGUCACCACUAUUCUCUAUUAACUGCAACGGUUCCUCUCAUCCUAAAUUUAAUAUAUAAACCUAAUUACAGAACUUGUUGGGACCGAAUGUGAAAUGGCAAUAAACCAGAGCAGUGAUUAGCAAAUUAUGUUGAAGUGUAUUAAAUUACAAACAGUACCAAAACACAAUAUCUGAUGUUUUACAUUGUGAACUUCAUUGUUUUUUGUGUAUGUAAUUUUUCCUAAUAUGAAUUGGAACAGGAGUUGUCAUUGUUGCAUCACCUUAGAAGUGACCCACUGCUCUUUAAGUGACAUACGCAGAACUAUGAUCCUCACUUUUGUUUGUCAUUCUUGUUGGGAAACUGUAAACUUCAAUCAGACAGAAAUAAUUUCUUCAGAAAUGUUCAAGUUUUUGUAUGUAAAAUGGAAGUGAUGUACUAAUGUGGAGCUAUAAUAAAGAUUAGUGUACGUUU